AAUGGUACCAAGAUUUGCAGGUUUCCCCGCACACACACACACACACACACAUACAUAGGAUGGUUUCAGUUAAAGCCGCUCCCAGCCCAAAUAUGCCUGCAGGAGUCGAGCCUUGGUCCUGAUCGGCUCCGGUAGCGUGAACCCGGGUGCUGUUCGGCGCUUUAGCGUGAGCGGGUUGCGGACACAGCGGCGCUCCGGCUCGACAUGUCCGGCGUGGCCGCUGCUGCUGCUGUCGGGGGCGCCGGCGGCUCGGGCGCGGCGUGCGGGGCUUCGGGGUUCGCCGGCCGGCUGCCGAGCCGCGUUUUGGAGCACAUUUUCUCUUAUUUGGACCUAUCGGACCUGAUGCGCUGCUCGCUGGUGUGCCGGCACUGGAGCCGCUGUCUGGCGGAUGAAAACAGCGAGGUGUGGCGGAGUCAGUGCGCGCGCCUGCUCAGCGAAGAGGCUCUGCGCUCCGACAUCCUCUGCAACCUCGCCACUUACAAAGAUAAAUUGAAGUCAUUCCAGCACGCGCUGAGCUCCCACGACUGCUCCAGGAACGUGUACGUUAAGAAAAACGGGUUCACGCUCCACCGCAACCCGAUCGCUCAGAGCACCGAUGGCGCUCGUGCAAAAAUUGGUUUCACGGAGGGCCGACAUGCCUGGGAGAUCUGGUGGGAAGGGCCACUUGGCACCGUGGCGGUGAUCGGCAUUGCAACCAAAAGGGCACCCAUGCAGUGCCAGGGCUAUGUUGCACUGCUUGGAAGCGAUGAUCAGAGCUGGGGCUGGAAUCUCGUUGAUAAUAACCUGCUUCACAACGGAGAGGUCAAUGGAAACUUCCCACAGUGCAAUAACGCGCCCAAGUACCAGAUUGGAGAGCGGAUACGUGUGAUUCUAGACAUGGAUGACAAGACGCUGGCGUUCGAGAGAGGGUUCGAGUUUCUCGGCGUGGCGUUCAGGGGACUUCCCAAGACCUGUCUCUUCCCAGCCGUUUCGGCAGUUUACGGUAACACUGAAGUCACGAUGGUGUACCUUGGAAAACCUCUAGAUGGCUGAGGAGCAUCUCGGUGCCAUGCUGACAAAAACCAAAUGCCAAGGAGACAUCCAGAUGGCGUAAUGAAGACUCUGAGCCAGUGUGAGAGCUGAUUCAUCUGGGCAGAAACGUGCAGAUUAUAAACUGGGAUUAUGGAUGAGACUCUUCAAAGCAUGCCUCUGUGAAUUAAGGACGUCUCUGGAUAGCUGAGGACAAUUGUUUUUAAAGCUGAUUUUAAUGUAAUUUAUGAAUAGACAUUGGGCUGCGUCCCAUUUAUAGUUAAUUAAUCCAGCCUGAUUCAGUGACGGGUUUGAAGCAUUAACCAGGGUCACAGAAUGCAUUUAUAACAUGUUACAGUGAUGAGGGACUGUAAUUAUUGCGUUUAUACGAUAAACUGAAUGGUUUUAGAAUUUUACUUAAUUACAACCCAUAUGUUGGCAAAUGACGUGCCGAAAACAAUGUUCCAAUUACCUCUACAAAUGCAAGCCUGCUUCACUAGAGUUAGUGCUUUGCAUGCAGUGUAGUUGAAGCUGUCUGUUGCCAUUGGUGUUUGUGCAGGAAAUCCAAAAGAAAUUGUCACAUUACUGUAAUACUUAAUCGUGAUGUACUAGUCUAUGAUAUUAAUUUAUUAGGUUUUAUCCUUGAUAUCAUUAAGUUUAUGGGACCGGUAAAUAAACUAUAUGGUGCCAGUCUGGUUGAA